CUUAUAACAUGUUGAACCUUUAAAUGCUCUGACUGUACACAUGACCCUCACUAUUGUACGUGUACAUGUAGAAGUGCUGUCGCUGAUAACGUGGAGAGACAUGUCUCAAAGUAAACCUGAUGAACGUCUAGCAUUGGAGCUGAGCUGUCCGAUCUGCUUGCAGCUAUACCGUAAUCCUGUGACCCUUCCUUGUGGACACAAUUAUUGCUUGAGUUGUAUACAAAAUGCAGCAGGCACAGAAGACCCCAAGAACCCGAGACGUUGCCCAGAAUGUAGGGAAGAGUACGGCAGCCCAGAAACACUGCCAAAGAACUUCAAACUCAGCGGUAUUGUGGAUGGGUACCUGGCAGCUACAUCCAAUGGUGGACUGAAAGAAGAACCUGUAGUGCCGUGUGACCAGUGUCUAGAAGAUCCUGCAGCUGCUGUAAAAUUCUGCAUACGCUGUGAAAUGUCAUUGUGUCUUGGCCACCUCAAGCGGCAUGAGGAACGGCACCGUUCUAAAGGGCAUAUAUUGGAGGAGCUGCCCAUAGAACGAGAUGGAAAGAGAUGCCCGGUGCACAGGAAGGUAACGGAAUAUCUGUGUGCACAAGAGAGACUGUUUCUCUGCUCGGAGUGCGUGAUAGAAGGGGCCCACCAGAACCACGAUGUGCAGACAUUUGAGGUAGCAAAAGAAGAAAUGCAGAGAGUUCUGGAAGGGCUGGGAAAGGCUGUGUCUGAUAAGCUACAGAUGACAGAAGUUCUGCUCAGAAAUGCCAAUGAAAGAGAUGGGCCUGUUGACAAGACAGAAGAUAAACUGGUGGCCAGGGCAAACAUUUUGCUGGACAAUAUGUCUACAUUGAUAAGCACAUACAAGAGUCUUAUGAGCACUGCGAUGGACGAUGAACUUCAUUUGCGUGGCAAAAGCUGGCAGGCCAGUCUGAGUGAUUUGGAGAAUUGUCACAAGCUGCUGCAAGAAGCCCACCAGAGUGCCAGUAAGGUUCUUUCUGAAUCCUCAGAGUUUCUCUUCAUUCAGCGCUACCUUAACAUUGAACCAAGGGUCCGCCAGGCUGCUAACACCACCAUUCCCAGUCUACCUACCCAAGAACCUUCAUGUGCCAAACACCUGCGCUCUACUCUUCGAACAGACACCUUCCAUGCCGAGAUGAGUCUUCUACUGGAGUGUCUCCAUGGUAUGAUGAACCCUCUGGACCUGACCUUCAACCCAGCCACGGCCCAUCCCAGCCUUAUGCUGUCUACCGAUCUCAAAACAGCCAAGCAGUGUGAGAGAGGGAAGAACAGCAGUGUUGGAGACCAGGGUGAGCGGUUCUCUACCGCAACUCAGGUCAUGUGCUCCCAAGGUUUCUCUGCAGGAGUUCACAUGUGGGCAGUGGAGAUAGGGCCUGGAUGUAUGUGGUCAGUUGGACUGUGCUACAAAAGCAUCCUGCGUAAAGGUGAUCACAGCAGGCUGGGGCAUAACACCAGCUCCUGGAGGUUGCAGUGGAAGAACAAAAAGUUGACGGCAUGCCACGAUUCUGCUAAUAUGGUUGUAGGUGACGGGCUGGUUGUGCCACCAAAGAGGGUUGAAGUGACCCUGGAUUACGAAGGAAGAACUGUUGCUUUCCAUAGCACAGGACAAGCAGGAAGAAAGCAGCAUCUUCAUACAUUUAGUGCCAUAUUCAAGGAUAUAGUGUAUCCUGCAUUUGGGAUCCACUCUACCUCGGAGGAGUCUUGGAUCACACUUUUGAGUGGAGUUUGAGUGACACAUUCAUAGAUACACAUGUUUUGCUCACUUUCAUUUUUCACUUAAUGUAACACUCUUGCCUGCUUUCAUUCUUCUUGUUGUUUGAUUAAAUUUUUUUUUUUUUUUUUUUUUGCAUUAAAAUGCCUAAACAUCUACACUUGAAAAGGUUUGGACACUUAUUCCACACUUAAAAAUGUAUGGAUUUAUUGCAUUAGAUAACAAAAUAUCUAACCAAGUUGGAUCUCCAAACAAAUGAUGCUAGACCUUUUCUCAUAACUAUUUUUUUUUUUUACAUGUUUUGUUUAAAGUGUGUUUUAUUAAACUACAUGCCACUUUGUUAGUAAUAUUUUGCAUCUAUCGCAAAUACAUUCAUACAUUUUUAAGAGUGGCUAAAGUGUCCAAAUACCUUUUGGGUCCACUGUACAGUAUAUACUAGACUAGUGCAAAGCAACUACAAUCACAAAUUGGCAUAGUUACCAUAAUGACUCUUAAGGAAUCUGUUUUUAUAAACAGCCUUUUUUAAUUGUGAAUGUCACGUUUGUAUGACAGCUAUAAAUAUCACAGCACUGUGUAGGCACUUACAGGAAGAAACUACUGUAGUAACUGAAUGAUUGUUGUUUAAAAAUUACUGUAAGGUCUAGUUACCUUAGGACAGAAUAAAAUGAGUGUUUUGAAGAAAGGGGAAUUAUGGUCAGUGGAUUAACACCACAGAAAGUGUCAUUAAUCCAGUGCUCAACUUUAUCUGAGAAACAGGUGUUUUCAUACUCUUUCAAAGAACACAGAGCUUGAAUAUUACCAGUGAAUUUCAUAGCCACUCAAGUAUAUUUCACAAGAGUUUCUGCUGUACGCAGAUAAACUUGAAUAACUGAUUGGGAAUAUGUAGUCACGGAAGCAAUGAAUGUGCAAAGAUGCUAAAGAACAGCAGUGUGAAGGCAUGCAUAUGUGUGUGGUUUUGUAUCUGUGAGCUGAGAAAAUAAUUUUAAGCUUGGUUAAAGAUGUGAAGAUGCCCUGAGCAAAGUAUGCAUACAGUAAACUGCACAAUUUCGAAUUAAAUGGGAAACAAAGAAAUGUAGCUUGUUCUGCAAAACAGGACAUACUUGUUUAUAUCUUAAAACCGAUUGUCUUGAGUCAACCACAGUCUGGACUGACACAGUUUCCCAUAAAAAUGUUCUUGUCUCUUUGCAUUUCUCUCUAGUGAACUAUGAUUAGGUAUCUCAAAACAUGCAGAGGUUUUGUUACAUGCAGAUGGUAUCAAGUACUGAACAUACUUUUUCUGUGUUACACCCUGUGUUAUGUAUCACAGGGUGUAACAGUAUGUCCUUGGAAUUUUUUUUUGAUCAUUGUUGGAUGAUUGCACCUUUGUUGUCAGGCGUUUUUGAUCGUUUGAACUCAUUUGGUCAAACCAGUUUUUGUCUUUGUUUGUAAAACCAUUUAACUUGAACUGGUAAUUCAUGUUAUGAUUUUAAGUUGUAUUUUAGUAGAAUGGAUUUUACAGCAUUUGAAUGAGUUAAUUAUAAAUAUUAGUUUGUUCUGUAGUACUUUUUUCUUUUGUUAAAUGCUAAUAGAACAUGGGAUUAUAAAUAUUUUAUUUACAGCAGCUCCAUCUACUGGUUACAGCAAGCUUUUUGUUCUUUGGCAUCUCAUAUAUAAUCUCAUAUAUAAUACAUAGAAUCUGCUUAUGGUCUGAAUUGCAAAUGUAAAAUUAGAGUAAUGUCUCUAUACAUACAUAACGUGUCCAUAAGCAGAUACAGUAUGACAUCACAUCUGCAAUACAACAGAUGGAUAUAGUUAAGUUAUUAGGUUUGAUGUGCCAUAAAAAAAAAGAAAUAUAAAAGUUAACCAUUAACAUCGUGUGACUUUAACCCUAAAACACUGCGGAAGAAGACAUCACUCCAACUAUACAAAGUUCCCACCUAAAUGUAAGUGUAAUCCAAAUGUAUACUGUAUAUAAAUAAACAUUUAUACAUAUAAAAUACAUACAGUAUAUAUGUUUCUAUGCCCUGUGAUUUUGUGUGGUUUUCUGAACUGUACCUCACAUUUACAACAUACAGCAUUUUCUUUAUUUGUUUUUUCAAUGUUACUGUAAGAACCUCAGAAACCUCUGCCAUAGUCUGUUUUGUAUACCUCUCUCUACUGUGAUUUGCAUUUACAUUAUAUGUAUUAAACUGCUGUGAUGUUAAUUAAUAAUUUUGUGGCAGUGAAUUUAUGUCAUAUACAGUGUGUAUAUAUAUAUAUAUAUA